CGCCCUCGACCCACCCGGUGCAGCAGCAGCAGCCCGCGGGAGCGCGCACAGCGCCAGUUUUAGAAGGACAAAGUUAAUCAGCUGCUAUGGAGCACGUCUUUACACCGCUGAAAUGCCUGCUUCCCACCGAAAACGUGAAGGUUUGUCUUCUGAUUCUUAACCAGCCAUUGGACAAAGGUCAUUUCCAUCAUCUGUGGAGUAGAGCUGUUCUGAGAGCAUGUGCUGAUGGAGGUGCUAAUCGCCUGUAUCAUAUCACAGAAGGAAGUCAUGAAAGGUUUUUGCCUGAUUACAUCAGUGGAGAUUUCGACUCUAUUACGCCUGAAGUAAAGGAGUAUUAUAAAGGCCAGGGCUGUGAGAUUAUAGAGACCCCAGAUCAAGACUUAACAGACUUCACCAAGUGCCUUCAGAUACUCCAGCAGAAGAUAGAGAAGAAAGGGUUGCAAGUUGACAUGAUUGUGACAUUGGGUGGACUUGGAGGUCGCUUUGACCAAAUCAUGGCAUCCGUAGAGACUCUCUUCCACGCUACUAAGAUAACCCCCUUUCCCAUCGUAGUUAUUCAGGAAUGUUCGCUGAUCUACCUACUUCAACCUGGAAAGCAUAAACUACAUGUGAACACUGGUCUGGAGGGCAAAUGGUGCGGCCUCAUUCCUGUCGGGGGCUCCUGCAAUGAUGUCACCACAACAGGCCUAAAAUGGAACCUCAAGGGAAGCGUUCUAGAAUUUGGGACCCUGGUCAGCACUUCAAACACCUACGGCAAAUCUGGCGUCGUGACCAUCGAGACGGACAAGCCUUUGCUGUGGACGAUGGGCAUCGAAGAGAGUGCACAGGUGGCCUAAUUCUGUCCUACCACAGGACCUCCUAGCAGGAUUGGAAGGGGGGCAGCCAGUGAGAACCUCACAAUUAUCCACAAUGCACUCAACAAGAUGCUCAUUGAUACAGGAAUUCAAAGUGGUAUGCUUUGGACUCUUUUUUUAAUGCAGCUUGAAUGUGUGGAACGGCAGGAAGUUUAGGAAUGGUUUUGUUUUGCAGUGGCACAUCAAGUUUAAAAAAAACAAUAGAAAACAGGGGUUUUUAUACUAUGCGUUUCUGUUUUUAAUAAAGGGAGGCAGAUUGAUAAAACAAGCUGAUGCAAAAUACUUUUAUUCUAUUAUUGUUAUUUAUAACAGUCUUUUUUACUAAAAUUGUAGCUGCCUCCACCAGAACACUUGCUUGUGAAUUACCACUCAAGGGAAGCAAGUGGCAAGUUGCCCUGAGAACAGCACCACCACACGGACCCCUCAUUGCUGCUCUUUAGAAGAAGAUUCUAGCCCAGUCGCACCUUAAAAGAACAAGAUUUUCAGGGUGUAAGCUUUCGAGAGUCAAAGCUCCCUUUGUCAAGUAUCUGAUGAAGGGAGCUGUGACUGUCAAAAGCUUACACCCUGAAAACCGUGUUGGUCUCUUAAGAUGCUGUCGGACUCAAAUCUUGCUAUUCCACUGCAGAUCACCCCAGCUACCCACCUGAAACUGGAAAAAAGAAGGGGAGGGGGGACAUGCCUUCUGAAUGGGCUUGGCUGUAGCAGCUGUGUUGACACUGACCACUCAACUAAUUACAAGGUAGGUGGUCCUGAUCGCUCACAGCCGACCCUGCUCUUACGGCUCUCCCUGAUUUACAGAAUUAAAUGAAUGCUGAUGGCACUCGUUGUUUCUGUGUUGUUUCUGUGCCAAGCCGCCCUUGCUGUUUAGCCUUGUGAACGCCUGUGACAAAUCUUGAACUUAAAGCACUUAACCUGUAAUUGCUAAAGUUGUAUGAACUGAAGAGCCUGUUUUUAAGAGGGCAUUAUGCUCACCUUGUGCUACAACCUGUUUUUACAUGCAAUAAAGGCUCUCU